GGCUGUUGGACAGUGUAAUCUUUUCGCGGAAAUAACGGGCUAUUGGAUAAUUUGCUCCAGCCCUGAACAGUUGACUCGCUUGUUAUCAGAACUGUGGUGCAGUUGAAACGAAUAACAACUCACGAACAUAGUGUAGGCAGUAGGUAAUGGUCUACGAUUAAGCCACUUUAUAUUGCUAGGUGGUGACAUUCGCUCGUGAAGUUGAUGAAGACUCAAACAUAAAAGUUUACACACGUGUUCGGUAAACAUUCCACGGUUUUUGUACAUCGGAACCUGAACGUGUUUUGUAGUCUAGGUAUGUUAUAACUGUUCUAAGUGCGUGAACAAGAGACUGAUGGAAGUGAUGCAUUUGAGAAUCGACAAAGGUUUGUUCGAAACGGCACUGCGAGAGAAGUUGUCAGAUGAAACCAUCCAAGUCCUGGAAAUUACGACCCAUCCCUUGUCGGAGAAGGGAGUUAAUUUUCUCAGUGAUCUCCAUGAAGCUUCUAUACGGUAUACCGUAACCUCUAAAAACGGGAAAACGAAGUACGAACGUUCCACGAAUUUGGUUGUUAAGGUUGAACCCUCGAACGAGGUGUCGCGAGAGCUUGUUCGCCAACAAGAUCUCUUUUUGACCGAGUUGCAAGUCCUACGUGACGUUUUGCCGAAAAUAAAGCAAAUCGUUGGGCACCAAUUAGGACCGCAGUUAUGGUACGGAAGCGAGAAUCCCCCGGUACUUUUCAUGGAAGAUUUAAGGAAAAGAGCGUUUAUUAUGAAAAAUCGACAGAAGGGUUUGUCAUUUGAGCAUUGUCGUAUGGCGAUUCAACAAAUGGCGAGGUUACACGCUGGUUCGGUUGCAAUUUUUGAAAAGCAUCCAGCUAUGAUCGAAGCUUUCAGAGAUGGUGGUAUCGUGUCAACAAAAUGCCCAACGAGUUUCAUACGAAUGAUGGAAGUGAGUCUUUUACGGAUAGGCAAAGAGAUACGAACAUGGUCAGAUGAAAAAUGUGCAAACACGGCGGAUAAAUUAUUUAAAUUGGCAAAAAAUAUCGGUCCCCGAUGUGUCGACGUAUAUAGAUACGAUCCUGACGAGUUUUGUGUGUUAAAUCACGGAGACUGUUGGAUCAAUAAUAUGAUGUUUAGGGAAAAUGAAAAAGGACAACCCCUCGAAAAUAUUCUGGUUGAUUAUCAGAUGUCCGUGUACACUUCUCCUGUUAUCGAUUUAAUAUAUUUUUUGAACAUUUGUCCCGAGUUCAAAGUGAAGUACGAUAACGACGAUUACUUUCUGGAAAUUUAUUUAAAUGUCUUAGAAGAAACUAUGAGAAAAAUCGGUUGUAAAACAAAACCACCAACAAUACGGCAACUAAAAGAAGCAGUGUACAAAAGAAGAAUAUACGCAGUUUUUUCAGGAAUCGUGCUUUAUCUACGAAUGAUGGCGAACAAGGAAGAUACCGAAGAUUUUACUCAAGUGUUGAAAGAUUAUGCAGGUGAAACAAAAAUGGAUGUCUUCAGAAACCCAGAUGCGGUGAAACUGGCUCAUAAAAUGAUUCCGGUUAUGAACGAAAGAGGAUAUUUUGAUUAGAAAAGUUAUUCGAGUAUUUAGAUCAAAAUGGCGUUUUUAAUUGCAGCUGAAUUAAGAAAAUUCAGUUACAAUUAAAUAUUAAUUUUUCUAUAUUUUUUAAUCUUUUAAUUAAAUAUUUUAAUCUUUAAAUGAUGAUAGUAUUACACCAUUUUUAUGUUGUUUUAACACUAGUUAUUUUCAAGAUUUUGUUUUUUAUGAUAUUUAAAAAUAUUUGUUAAUAAUUAAAAAUAAAAUUCUACAAAAUAAAAUCAUUCUGUAUACGAUAUUAUUUUUUAAAAUAUUAAAUCUGAAAAUUUUUCAGAUCCAAAUAAUAUAGCAAAUCAAACUUUAUUAAACAAUGAAGUUGCUUAACUUUCACUAUAAAUGAAUUACUCCAUUAAUCAAAAAAUAACUAAGUAAGUCUUCCUUCCUGUAAAUAAGUUGUUUUAUAAAAAUUUUGAAAAAUU